GUACAGAGUAUAAUUUAUAUUAGUAAAGUAAAAAGUUAUAAAUCUUUGAGCCUCUUAAACACUUGAUUUUUCUGUAAUGUUUGUUUUCUGUUCAAUGUAAGAGAAGAUGGGUGAUCUGGAAAAUGCAACUGAGGCUGCAUCUCUUGCUGUUAAAUUUGAUCAAGCUAGUCAGCCUGAUAAAGCAGUAGAAUGUUAUCGAACCGCUGCGAGGAUGCUAGACCGAAUUUGUGCUCAAUUGGCACCUUCACAACAAUCCGAUAUUCGGACUAAAGUUAAAGAGUAUCUGGAAAGAGCUACAUUCUUACAAGAACAGAAAAAUAAAGCACAACAAGCAGAAAGUGUUCGUGAUUUAGAAAAAUGCUACUUUUUAAUGCAGCAAGCCCUCGAUGCUGAUGAAGCUAAUUUAAAAGAUCUGGCAUUGCAAUUGUACAUGCAAGCUGUGGAAUUAGCUGUCUCAGUCAAAACAAGUGAUCCUGAUAUUAAUAUCAAAAUCAAGGGAUUUGCAAAACAAGCCUUGGAUAGAGCUGAAGAAAUUAAAGGGAUUAAAAAAUUUACUUUAUCCAUUAAUGAAACCAAAAGACCAGUUGUAUCCCCAAACAAAGCUCAACUGCAAAGAGAACAGAGUGUGCACCUUAAAGUCAGUGGAAAGCAAAUUUACACUGAGGAGGAAAAAGAAGUAUUACGUCAAACAUCUAAUAUAAAUAACAAUUGCUUUCUACCAUUUAUGGAUGUUGAUUUAUCAGAAAGGUUCCAAUAUGCAAUACCCUUUGAAGAUCGUGCAAGUGAAUUGAGGUUAUCCUCAAAGCAGGCAAAAGAAUUUGACUCUUGGGUUCGGCCCCAUGAAGUUUCUAGUGAUCCAAAGUUGAUAGUGGGUGAUCAUGUCGACUGUUUUAGUAUUAAGCAAACUAUCGUUUCGGACUGUUCAUUUGUGGCGUCGUUAGCAGUAAGUGCACUUUAUGAAAAGAGAUUUAAAAAGAAAAUUAUAACAUCUAUAAUUUACCCAAAGAAUAAAAACAAAGUACCAGUCUAUAAUCCAUUUGGAAAAUACAUGGUUAAGUUGCAUCUGAAUGGUGUGCGAAGAAAGAUAAUUAUAGAUGAUCGUCUCCCCUACAGUAAAUAUGGAAGAAUCCUAUGUUCAUACUCAAGUAAUAAGAAUGAAUUUUGGGUAUCAAUGCUUGAGAAAGCUUAUAUGAAAGUUAUGGGCGGGUAUGAUUUUCCUGGGUCAAAUAGUAAUAUAGACCUCCAUGCCUUAACCGGCUGGAUACCCGAACGGUGUGCUAUACGCAACAGUGAGGCAGAUUUCAACGCUGAGGGGCUGUAUGAAAAACUGCGCACGCGUCUGGAGUGCGGUGACGUGCUGGUGACAGUCGCGACCGGAUCACUUGACGACGUGGAAGCGGAACGCACAGGUCUAGUUGCUACACACGCGUACGCAGUACUGGACGUAAGAUUUGUUAAUGGUGUCAAGCUCUUAAAACUAAAAAAUCCCUGGUCACAUCUUCGGUGGAGAGGCAACUAUAGUGAGCUGGAUACAGCCCACUGGACAUUAAGUCUUAAGGCCCAAUUGAACUAUGACCCAGACAGUGCAGCUCAGUACGACAAUGGCGUGUUUUGGAUAGACUAUGCUAGUAUACUAAAGUUUUUUGAUGUCUUUUACUUGAAUUGGAACCCAGAGCUGUUUCAAUACACAUAUUGUAUACAUCAGAAAUGGGAUGCGGGCAAUGGUCCCGUUAGGGACGCAUACAAUGUAGGGGAGAAUCCACAAUUUUCUCUCCACGUACAAGGUCGUGGCGCGGUAUGGCUGCUCCUAACACGACAUAUCACCCAAAUCGAAGACUUUAGUAACAAUAAGGAGUAUAUCACACUACUCGUGUAUAAAAAUGGACAGCGGGUGUACUAUCCAUACGACCCUCCGCCCUACAUUGACGGUAUACGUAUCAACAGCCCUCACUACCUUUGCAAGAUAAUAACCACAGACACAAAUACGGAUAGAUUCACACUAGUCGUAUCUCAGUAUGAGAAAACGCGUACAAUCUUUUAUACGCUACGAGCGUACGCGACCUGUCCAUUCACGAUGAGCAAGAUUGAACCUUAUCCAUAUAAGAAAACGAUAAGGGGAGAAUGGUCCGGUCGCACUGCCGGUGGUUGCGAAAACCACCCAAGCACAUACCCAAAUAACCCCAAAUUCAUAGUAACAAUACCGGAGUCACGGGUGCCUUGCAAUCUCGUAGCGGAACUGAAGGGUCCUAAGCAGUAUCAAAUGGGGGUGGAUGCUCGAGUGGAGUCAUUGGACGAUCCCAGUGUAACGGCUCCGUUUUUAAAAGAGUCUUCAGGGGCAUUUAGGUCCGGUUUCGUAGUUCUGCAGCUUCGUAAUCUCCCCGCUGGUCGGUAUAUCCUAACUACAUCGACUUUCUAUCCUGGAGAGGAAGGCCCUUUUUUCCUUGAGCUCAAGUCCACGUGCGAGGUUUCCUGCGAACAUCGACACUAGCAGGGCUACAGGAAAGAAAAUCUUUGCCUUUUGAGGGGAUUUCAUAAUUCAGAAAUCUCUUGACAAUAUCGAGGGAAGAAGUUUCCUCCUUGACAUAGAAGAAGAACCUCCUGAACAACUGAAAAUAAUAGAAAAUGCACUUUAACAGAUUUGAAUAUCUAAUGAUCACAUUUGUAUUAUUAUUGUAUUUUAAAAACACCUUGUAAUAUGUCGCUAUAACAAUAAAGAGAAAAGAAAAAAAAAAUACUUCAAAUUUCAUUACUGCAAAAAAAUUGGUACGAUUCAGAGUCGAGACGGGAGUCAUCACAUGACAAUGUUUUAGAUUUUCUACAUCCGCAAGUCUGUACGCUCUUGAUUUUUAAAAUUUUCUGUGAAUUAAGACGAGUUCAAUAAUUAUUGCGUCAUCAGAACGUAUCUCUUUCAUUGCUGAGUACGUGUUUCUGGUAUUGAUGUAAUAGACUGUUACAUGGUACGAAAACUUCUUUUAACUUCUUAAUAUUGGAAUCAUUGUUCUUAAGGGAUGAGGCUGGUGGUGUUAAAAAUCGGUGUUCGAUUAUCUUCGUGAUUGUAUUAUGCGCUUAAAAUGAUUUGAUUUUAUUAGCUUAAUGACACCUAUUUGAUUGAAUCUCUUUGGUGUAUUUUACAGUAUUUUAUUUAUUUAUACGCACAUAGCAGAUAUUUGACAUUUAUAAUUACUAAUUGGUGCUACAUUUCUUCCUUGCAUUAGAGGCUUCGUGGUGAAUUUUAAACAACUUACAUUAUACAAAAAAACAGAUUAAAAUUAGAUUUACAGAAAUUGAUAUAAGUUGUUUGAGAUUAGGCGAAAUUGCACUGUGAUACUGUUUAGAUAUAAAGUAUAGAUUCUCUAAUAAAUGUAAGAUUAUAAUCAACUAUUGUAGCAGAAUUCUAUUUUAUGAAGAAAAUAAAUAUUGUUAAAAAUG